UCUUUUCGGCUUUCGGCUCAGAGGAGGCUACCAUGCAACUUUCUUCGUUCUUCCUGAAUCCAUGUUCAUCUGACACCAGCUCCCUCCACUAUGCCGCCCAGGUUUGACCCCAAUGAGAUCAAAGUCAUGUACCUGAGUUGCACUAGAGGCAAGGUUGGUUCUACAUCCACCUUAGUCCUCAAAAUCGGUCCUCUGGGUCUAUCUCCAAAAAAGGUCGGUGGUGACAUUGCCAAGGCUACUUGUGACUGGAAAUAUCUGAGGACUGUAGUAAAACUGACCAUCCACAACAAACAGGCCCAGAUUGAGGUUGUGCCCUCUGCCUCUGUCCUGAUCAUCAAAACUCUCAGGGAGCCACCGAGAGACAGGAAGAAGCAGAAGAACAUUAAAGAGAGUGGAGACAUCACUUUUGAAGAGAUUGUCAACAUUGCCAGGCAGAUGCAGCACCGGUCUCUAGCUAGAGAGCUUUCUGGUACCAUUAAAGAGAUCCUGAGUGCUGCACAGUCUGUGGACUGCAAUGUGGAUGGCCGCCACCCUCAUGACAUCAUAGCUGACAUCAACAGUGGUGCAGUGGAAUGCUCAGCUAAUGGCUGCAAACCGGGUAAGGAAUAA